CUUCUCUCCCUCUCCCCAGCUUCUUCCUCGGCCGCUCCGGGGCAGGAGCUGAAAGUUUCUGUGCGGGCGAGAGUGGAGGCGCAGAGCCUGGAGUGAGCAGCAGUCCGUAGAGCCGCCGGCGACCGAGAUGGCUGGAGAGCUGAGCAUCGGCCCAGAGCUGCCCACCAGCCCGCUGGCCAUGGAGUACGUGAAUGACUUCGACCUCAUGAAGUUCGAUGUGAAAAAAGAGCCCCUAAGCCGGGCCGAGCGCCCUGGACGUCACUGCACUCGCCUGCAGCCUGCGGGGUCGGUGUCGUCCACCCCCAUCAGUACUCCUUGCAGCUCCGUGCCCUCGUCGCCCAGCUUCAGCCCUACCGAGCAGAAGACGCACCUGGAAGACCUGUACUGGAUGGCCAACAGCUACCAGCCCAUGAACCCGGAGGCUCUCAACCUGACCCCCGAGGAUGCGGUGGAGGCGCUGAUUGGUUCCCACCAGGUCCCCCAGCAGCUGCAGGCCUUCGAUAACUUCCGGGCCCACCACCACCACCAUCACCAACAUCAGCACCACCACCACCAAUAUCCUGGAGUCAGCCACGAAGACCUGGCCAACGGAGGGCACCCCCACCACCACCAUCAUCACCACCAAGCGUCCCCAACCCCGUCGACUUCCUCUACUUCAUCCCAGCAGCUGCCCAAUAACCACCCGGCGGCGCACCCAGCGUCUAGCAGCGUGGAAGACCGCUUCUCCGACGACCAGCUGGUGUCCAUGUCGGUAAGAGAGCUGAACCGGCACCUGCGAGGCUUCACCAAGGACGAAGUGAUCCGCCUCAAGCAGAAGAGGAGGACCUUGAAGAACAGGGGCUACGCCCAGUCCUGCAGGUAUAAACGAGUCCAGCAGAAACACCACCUGGAAAACGAGAAGACCCAACUCAUCCAGCAGGUGGAACAGCUCAAGCAGGAGGUGUCCCGGCUGGCCCGCGAGAGAGAUGCUUACAAGCUGAAAUGCGAGAAACUUGCCAGCAAUGGCUUCAGGGAGGCCGGCUCCACCAGCGACAACCCCUCCUCUCCAGAGUUCUUCAUGUGAGUGCGAACCCCCUGCCCCCAUCCCCCUCCCCAACCCUUUCCCAUCUCUGACAUCUCCAUCCAUCCUCCUGCUGGAAUUAGAGAAAUAGGAAGGGGGGGGGAAUGAAAAAGUUGAGUGAAAAGGAACCCUUGGGCAGAGCAGCGUGCUCUCUCCAGCCUUCCUGGAUUCGCUAUGGAAAAGUAGGGAGGGGAAGCACCAAGCUCAACUUUUCAGAAGGUAGGAAGGAGCCUCAUAUCCUUAGGGAGAGAGGCACAGGACGAGGUGGGUGAGGAAAGCGGUUUAUAUGUCGCUUGCUUCCUGAACUCUGUGGACUGAGAGAAGGGACAUUGACCAAGCCAUCUCUAAGAGCCCGCCCGCUGGCGAGGAAAGAAAGGAAGGAAGGACCUUGCGAAUGAGC